CCAAACGGGCAGCAGACGCAGCCAACCACAUUCACAAUCUUGAAGCCAUCGGACCAAUUGCAGGGUGAAGGGGGAGGGAGCUCACAGCACUGAUCUUCUGUUUGCAGCAUCCCAAGAGAAGCCUCUGUUGUGUGAAAUACAAGAAAAAGGGCAAGACAGCGGGAGUGAAUCCAAGGAAGCAACUCGAAGAACUGGAAGGGUGGAAUCUCUUGGGGGGUGGCAGCCAGGAUAGGGUUACUUUUGAUUUGUGGAGUUCAUCCUUAGAGCAAAUGGCUGUUGUGUCAGUGUAAACAGCCUGUGCAGUACCUGCAUUGCUGAAGGGGGAAGGAGAAGAGGAGGAGGCGGCACAGACACUGGAGCAAAUGUUACCUCUUCCUAUGAAUGUUUCCUGCUGUUAGGUAGCCCCAGUCCUGCUGCUGCUCACCUCUUAACAUGCAUGUUGUAUGUUGAGCUCAUAUGGAGGAAGAACCAUCAAUGCCUCAGCAGACCUUAAACCGACGGCAGGACGGCUGUACUGACCAUGAGGCACGUUAGAAACUAAGCAACACGUCAACAUCCACACCAAAAUAAAAGGGAAAAAGUUUGAGAAAAUCUGCUUGAGAAACCUACACCCGACCAUGGCUGUGAACACUGCCAAGACAGCGUCAAGUUUUCUCUCGACAACUGCAACAACCGCCACGGGCCCGUUGCUCUCAACGAGCCUCGGACCCAGAGAAAACAUCACCUCAAGAACAUUUAUGACUGUUACCCUAACGACAGCAGCAACAACAAACGAGAGCAGCUUCAACGCCACCGCGGCUCCAAACGUGGUGAUUGAGGGCUCGAGUGUUGGAAUGCUGCUGGUGCCCUUCGGCAUCAUCACCCUCAUUGGCCUAGCGGUGGCAAUAAUGCUGUACAUUCGGAAACGGAAGCGGUAAGUCUUUACAUUUUGCUGAACUAUCUCUACAAGAGGCUAGAGGAAGAUUUUUUUUUUAGUUUGUUGCAU